AUGGCGUCGACCAACAUGUCCAAGAAAGCCAAGGGGAAGAAAAUGGCCGAUCCCAAUGAGACCUCCAAGUUGCUCGCAGCCAAGAUUUCACAACUGGAGCAAGAUGCGGCCGGGGAGAAAGAUCAAGAAGCCGAAAUAGAACGCGAGGUGAAAAAAGCUACGAGAGACCUGAACCAACUGCUAAGCAACAUCGAAUCGCCCAUGACUCGCCUUGAGACAGUCCAUAAAAAGUACACCGAAUUGCUGGCGGAGAUGAAAAAGCUGGACCGCGACUAUACAAAGAGCAAGAAACGAGCGGAUCAGUUGCAGAAGGACCAGGACAAGGGAAAGUCAGAGCUGAACAAAACAGCAACCAUGAAGGACAAGUUGGAGAAGCUUUGUCGAGAGCUUACAAAGGAGAACAAAAAAGUGAAGGACGAAAACAAAAAGCUUGAGGAAACGGAAAAACGAGCUCGCAUGAUUGUCAAUGAACGCCUGAGCUCUCUCCUUACCGACAUUCAAGAUGUUAUGGCUCCGAAAGAGACCCGGAAGUAUGCGAAGAUGGAUAUUGAUAUGGACGAUGCGAUUCGUACAAAGAUCAAGACAAUUGGAGAAAAGUUUGAGUUGCGGGAAUUUCACUUCAAAGCCCUUUUGCGCAGCAAGGAUGCGGAAAUCCAAAGUCUUGUUGCCAAAUACGAAGAGCAAAAACGUGCGGCGGAAACCGAAGCCUCAAGAUGUCGUGCGCUUACUGCGCAAGUCUCGACUUUUUCUCACACAGAGGUUGAACUUCGCAGUCAGCUCAAUAUAUACGUUGAAAAGUUCAAACAGGUUGAGGAUACGCUGAAUAAUAGCAAUGAACUGUUUUUGACCUUCCGCAAGGAAAUGGAGGAGAUGUCAAAAAAGACAAAGCGGCUGGAAAAGGAAAAUCUCACGCUGACUCGCAAACACGACCAAACCAAUCGCAAUAUUCUCGAGAUGGCGGAGGAGCGCAAUAGAAACCAACAGGAGCUAGAAAAAUACCAGAAAAAAUGUCACCAUCUCGAGGCUCUGUGUCGCCGCAUGCAAGAGCAAGGUCGAGGGCACGGAUUCACCGGCGGCGACGUGAACCAUGCUGGAGAUCACGCACUUUCCGGCGAUCUCGAAGGUGACGAGGAAGGCACACAAAGUGACUACGACGACGAGGACGACGACUAUGAGGACGAGGAUGAAGACGAAGAUGGCGUCAUGAGCGAUGAGGAGGAAUACGAAGCGAUACGCCAACGUUUCCCUGAGCAAGCCACGAUGGAAAAGCCCAUUUUCGGUCCACCCCCACCCCCAGCAAUGGCAGAAGCGCGCACCAACGGCAACAGAAUAAGCUUUUAG